AUCAAGUCCCCACUAUAAAUAACCUACCAAAGCUCUCAUUGCUAGUAAAAAUAAUGGCUCCAAACAUUGCUAUUCCUUUUAUCCUAUUCAUCAUCUCCAUCAUCACCUUAACAACCUCCUCUCAUUCACUACUCUCCAAUGAAGCAUUCCUCCAAUGCCUUCAUCUCAAAACCAAAACAUCCAUAAAAAACCUCUCCAAACUCCUCUACUUCCCCAACAACAACACCUACUCCUCAUUCCUCCUCUUCUCAAUGGUAAACACAAGGUUCAACACCAUAUCAACACCAAAGCCUCUGCUCAUCUUCACACCCACACAAGACUCUCAUAUCCAAGGCUCUAUCAUAUGUGCCAAAAAUCAUAACCUUUCUCUAAGAGUACGUAGUGGUGGCCAUGACUAUGAAGGUCUCUCAUCUAGAUCACAACAUCCCCAACCCUUCAUCAUUUUAGACCUCAUAAACCUCAACUCAGUCACUGUUAACGUAGAGCAUGGCACGGCGUGGGUUCAAGCCGGCGCCACCCUCGGCGAAGUCUACUACCAAAUAGCUAAUAAAAGCUCCGUUCUUGGGUUCCCCGCUGGAAUAUGUCCGUCAGUCGGUGUUGGUGGGCACAUCAGUGGCGGUGGCAUGGGAACAAUGGUCAGAAAGUAUGGUCUUGCUGCUGAUAAUGUCUUGGACGUAAGACUUGUGGACGUGCAUGGCAGGAUUUUGGACAAAGAUUCCAUGGGAGAGGAUCUAUUCUGGGCUGUUAGAGGUGGUGGAGCAGCAAGCUUUGGUGUUGUUCUUUCAUGGAAGUUAAGGUUGGUUCCUGUUCCUCAAACUGUGACAGUGUUUGCUAUAACUAAGAGUGCAAAAGAAGGUGCAGUGGAGCUCAUUGAUAAGUGGCAGUACAUUGCUUAUAAGCUACCUGAAGAGCUGUUUAUUGAAGCUAUUGUACAAACUGUGACUAAUGGUAGUAGUAGGAGAGUGGAAGGUUUGUUUAAUUGCUUGUUUCUUGGGAAUUCCAGUGAGCUUGUGAGGGUAAUGGGUGAGAGGUUUCCUGAGUUAGGAGUUGGGAUGAAGGAUUGCAAGGAGAUGAGCUGGGUUCAGUCUGUGUUGUUCUUUGGGUUUUCACAAAGUGGAUUGCCUGCUGACUCUUUGAUGGAUAGGAAGCUUCAGCUUCAAAAUAAAGGAUUGUUUAAAGCUAAGUCUGACUUUGUGAGGGAGCCUGUGCCAAAGGAUGUUUUGGAGAGGUUGUGGAGUAGAUUUAUGGAGGUUGAAAGAGCUUCCAUGUUCAUGGAUCCAUAUGGUGGGAAAAUGGCUGAGAUUUCAGAGUCAGAGACCCCCUUUCCACAUAGGAAAGGGACUUUGUAUAACAUUCAAUAUCUUGUUGGAUGGAGUGAUACAAGUUCUAAGGCGUCUAAAGAGCAUAUUAGGUGGAUUAGAAGUUUGUAUAAACAAAUGGGUCCUUAUGUUUCAAGGAAUCCUAGAGCUGCAUACCUUAAUUUUAGGGACCUGGAUUUGGGUAGGAAUGAGUGGAGAAACACUAGCUACUUCAAGGCUAAGGUUUGGGGUGUGAAGUAUUUCAAAAAUAAUUUCAAAAGGCUGGCUUUUGUGAAAGGUGAUGUUGAUCCUGAGAAUUUCUUCAGAAAUGAGCAGAGUAUUCCACCCCUGUUUCUUUGAUUUUAUAUGAACACUCUUAAUUUGAAUCAGUAGUAUUGUUUGAAUUCUA